AUGUUCUUGUUCUUCAGUGUUGGGAUGCUUGGUUUUUGCAAUUCUCAGUCGCAGAUUGAAGGUUUGGUAUGGUUUGGUUCAUUUUGGUGCUUGGAUUCUUUCUUUUGCAGCCCUUGGCCCAGAGCCAUGAUUUCCAUUACUCGAAUUCUGCUGAUUCUCAUCGUGGUAGCAUGUGGGCUGACGAUCCUGGUAUCGUUCAAUCACACCUUCCAGAUGGCGAAGUUGGUUCCCAGCCACGUUCACGGAGGUCAAAGCACCUUGGACACUGGCACGAUGAGCAGACUAAUGGAAUUCCCUACAGCCAUGAAGAAUGUAGAGAGAAGCUUGCUGGCACUUGAGCAACACAUUCAUGACCUCGACGAAGAGAUGAAAGGAGGGCGGUCACCUCCGAAGAAGGACGACGCUUCCGUCGGCGAGCCGCGAGACGCCUCCGGCAGCGUCGGCGGUGUCUUGGCGGCUUCGGGCUCCAGCGGCUCGGCGGCUUCGACGGCUGGAGCUGGACGUCCAGAGGCCGCUAACCAGCGCGAGCAGCGCUGGCGCAAGGAUCGUCGAUGUGGGUCGAAUGCCUCACCUUUGCCAGAUGGAAAGGUCGCGGAGUGUGAUCCCACCGGGGACUUUGCUUGCUGCUCUGCCUUGGGCUGGUGUGGAGGGUCGAAACAGCAUUGCCUUUGCAAGGGCUGUGUGAAUUACAAGGAGAAAUAUGCGAAGGAGUUGGGUCAGAGUGUUGCUAGCUUACCCCCAAUGCCUCCUAAAGAUGGACAUAAGGGCAAGACGGUGGUGGUGAUCAUCCCCUUUCGCGAUCGGGAGUCUCACUUAAAGCUCUUUAAACAAUACUGGCGGUGGUUUUCGGAACAUGGACGGAUUCCCAAGACCGUGCAGCACUGGGUGGUCUUUGUAGCAGAGCAGUUUGAUUCAGAGACAUUCAAUCGCGGUUGGAACUUCAAUGGAGCACUGGCAAUUGCUUCCGCUCUGACGACAGCAUCUCCUGAUAUCAAGCCAGAUAUGGGCUUUGACUUUGACUGCGCUGUGAUCCAGGACAUUGACUACCUGCCAGAGAAGGGUGUGGAUUACUCCGAUUGCGAGGUACCCACACAGCUCAGUGCCGAGAUAGACCGCUACAACUGGAAAACACCAUAUCUCACCAGCGCAGGUGGCAUUGUGGGCAUGAGUUUGCGACAUUGGCGGAAGAUCAACGGCUUUGGGAACAACUACUUCGGAUGGGGGGGCGAGGACGAUGAGCUUCACCAUCGCUUACGAUUGAAUGGCUUGUUGUAUGGCGAUUGUUACCCCUACUGUGCCAAGAAUGAUGCCAAGAUCGGAAAACCAGGGCAGUCCAUCAAGCGUCCGAAGAAAGGCUUUGGCCGCUUUAGUGGCAAGUUCAUGCACAGUGCCAACCACACCAAGCGUAUCACCGAUAGUCGUGCCUAUGCCCGCAACCUGGAUCAACUGAGAGAAAUCGGCUCUGGAGGAAGCAGAUGGAAGACCGACGGCUUAAAUAGCCUGGCCUUCAGCAUCGUGGAUGCUCAAUCGGACACUGCAGACAAGGAGACCUAUGGUAUUACUUACCAUCAUGUCAAGAUGCGCCGUGGAAAGAAACCCUUUCAUGUGAAAGAUGUUCCCGUCGCCAUCCCUCCAGGCUUUUGCCAAAGUAGCAAAGUCUUACCGGCAGGUUGGGUCCUUCAGAAGAUGGGUGAGGGAUCCAUUCCCUGGGAUCUCGAUGCCUUGCGUUCCCGCAUCGCCAGCUUCGCCGCGCCCGACGGCAGCGAAUGCCCCGGCGCCAGGUCGGCGAACUUCUUGUUGGUGGACCGAAGGCAGCAGGUGGCGAAGAUCUUUCACAGCGGCAUGGAGCGGAUGCUGGUGGUCUAUUUGAGAAGCCUAGGAAGUGCCAUGGAAGAUGCCCUCAUCGUGGCGGAUCCAAGGCCAGCUGAAGUGAUUCUACAAAGCUUUCAAGAGCAGAAGGCAUUUGCAGAUCCACCCACCUUCUUCUGUGUGUGCACCUCGAAGUUGAAGAAAGGUGGCAAUAAGUAUAGCGUCCACCAAGGGGAUCAUUGCAGUGGUGGUGGCUGGGAUGCCGUGGAGGGUGGCGUUUGGAGAGCUUAUGCACAGCACAAGGAAGGAACAAAGGCCAUCUCUUGGUGUGACAAUGAGAGGUACUGGACUCAAAUCUUUGUGAAAGGGACGAGCUGUCCUGAGAACUGGGCUGGAUUAAAGUGGAUCCAUGGAGGAACCUUCUACGUCAAGGACGGAGCCUCCUUUUGCAGUGGAACCCGCAAGACGGAAUCGGAAGAAACGUCCUUUUCGAAAUUGGUGGCCAAGAAGAACUGUGGAGGUGAUGGAUUUUCGCAUGAUUUCAGUUUUGAUCCUGUGCCUGCACCAGAUCCCGUUGCUAGCAUUGGUAUUUGUAUUGGUCAGGAUGCAAGUCUCAAGGCCAAGAUUUCCAUGAUGGAUGAAUGUGACACUGGUGGCUUUUCUCAUGUGGCUCGCUUUGCUGCACGCCGGGCCGUCUAUGCCUCCAAGUCGGAUCGGAUCUUUUGCGUGGUUCCUUCAGGCGAUGGGGACCUCAUUCGGGCUGGACCUCGCUGCUCUGGCAGCAAGGGCUUCGACUUUGCGCUUCCAGCGGAGCUGGAGCAUACCAUUGCCCGGGUGGCACCUGAACUCGCGAAGGCCUGGCGGAUUUGUGUGGGAUUUCAGAGCGGCAAGGACAAAGCCACAGUGGGAGUGGACGAUCAAUGUGAAAAUCUGCAGGGUCUUACUGUGGACUUCAAGGCACCGUCAUUGCUUGACAUUGCUGCGUCCACACCCGGCAGGGACAGCGCGUCCCCGGCCCCACUCUUCACCAUUGUGGAAGAAGAAGUCCUUUGCUUUGGCUUUCUGUGCCCACAUGUGUUGAGUGGCCUGAAGUGA